GCAUGAGCCAUUUAACCUGAUCAAGCGAAGUUGGAUGUAAUAAAUUUUUCGCGUUACACAUCGCAAAUAAUUUACAUUUCAAGUUAAACAAACAAUGUCAACUAUAAUUCAAGAAAAUGAUGAUCAUUUCACAAAUGAACCUUCAACGAAACGUACAAAAUAUUUAUUUGAAACUUCCUCGUCAAAUAAUGGAGAAGGAUUUAAUCUGAACACAUCUUUCAAUUCAUUGAUCGAAAAAAACUUUACAAAAUUACAUUCAACAAAUAUUCUAUCAUCAUAUUUAGGUACAGAUAAUGCAUCGAUUAAUCAUAUGAAUAGUUCUUCUGAUUUAAAUAUACCACAAUGCGAUCACGGGAAUGAAUUCUCACAUUCAAAACCGCAUCUGUCUAGUUGUCACUUAUCCUCUACAAAUAUUCACUCAGUUUCUUCACAUAGCAAUCUUGAUUCUUAUUCUAUGAAUAAACCUUCUACAUCUCAACAACAACUACAACAGUAUCCACAUUAUCAACAUUCGGAGCAGUUAGAAAAUCUAUGCGCCGAAAUGUCGAAUUCAACUAGUGAUAAAUUAUUGCAUGUAUUAUCAACUUCAUCUUCAACAUCCUCGUUUACGUAUAGAAAUGAUUUAAAUUUUCCAGGAAUUUCUGGUGACAUUAGUAAAACAAGUGAAUUGUCGGCGGCAACAAGUACUUGUUCAAAUAUUCAACAAUUUAUAUCUAAUGGAAAUUACAACACCACUACUGGUAAUAAUAGAUCAUUACUAUUAUUGAAUAAUGGAUCCUUGAAUAAUUCAUCUAAUCAUCUAUCUAUAAAUGAGGAAAGCAUUGUCAAUACACCAUCAAUAUUCUGUCAGUAUCAGUCGUUGAUAACAACUACAACAACAACAAAUACUACUACUACCACAACAGCAAAAAAAGCAUUCACAGCAAUAUCAAAUGUAACUACAAGAAGUGAUAAUGAAAUUGAGUUAAUGAAUUCAAAAGGUUGCAAUAUGGAUUUGAUGCCAAAUUUGACAGAAUCUAAUGAAAAUAAUCACAAUUCUCCUAAAUUUAUUAAUAAUACAUUGAAUUUAUUAGAAAUUCCCACUUCAUCAUAUCCUAUAACAACUAAUCAUAUGAAAGAUUCUUAUUUGCCAUCUAUGUUUAUUCAUGAUAAUGUAUUAUCUGAAAACAAUCAAUGUACUACUAAUGAAGAACAAUCAUGGAUCAUUUCUGAUAAUAAUAAUAAUAAUCAAAAUUAUUUGAGUUUACAAAUUCAAAAUGGUGAUCACCAAGUUUACUUUCCACAUAAUGAACAUCAUUCACAAUAUCAACAGAAUACAUAUAAGCAUGAUGAUAUUUAUCCAAAUAAUCUGAUCAAUUAUUCAAAGAAUACACUUCAACAAGAAGAAGAAGAACAAAUAUCAAGUUCAACAUUAUUAUCAAAUUUAUACAACAAUAAUGAUGGUUAUUUACAUACAAAAGUAAUGAACUCAAUGAGACUGCAUUCAAUAAAUGAAGCAUUACAUGGUUCCAAUCAACAACAACAACAUCAACAAAAUCCACAUUCACAACACCAACAGUUGAAUAUAAAUUAUAAAGGUUUAGAAAAAUCAGAUGAUAAGUUUACACGAAUAUUUAUAUGGGAUUUAGAUGAGACAUUAAUUAUAUUCCAUACUCUUCUUACUGGUUAUUAUGCGCAUAGAUAUGGUAAGGAUCCGGCAGUAGCUGGUACCUAUGGUUUACGAAUGGAAGAGUUAAUUUACAAUUUGGCCGAUACAUAUUUAUUUUUCAAUGAACUUGAAGAAUGUGAUCAAGUUCAUAUUGAUGAUAUACGUGGAGAUGAUAAUUAUCAAGAUUUGAUGAAUUGUCGUUCAGACCCUGAAGCAUAUGGAGAUAAUUCUUCAACAAUAACACAAUCGAUUAUUUUAUCAUCAUCAUCUACUUCUUCUUCUUCAACAACAAUAACAACAACCGUACAUACUCCGAUGACAUCUUCAUUAGAAACUUCAUCACCCAUAAAUGGUAGUAUGCUGUCACCGCCACCAAUAUCCUCAUUAUCCUCAGUAGCACCAUUAACAAAUAUGAUUGGAGAAAUUCCAACUAGGGUUAAUACACCAACCUUACAUGGUAGUAUGGAAUGGAUGCGUAAAUUGGGAUUUCGUUAUCGUAGAAUACGUGAAAUCUAUAACUAUUCAAGAUACAAUGUUAGUGUACUUUUAGGUUAUCCUAAAGCAAACCAAUGGAUUAAUUUAAAAAAUAAUUUGGAUAUUUUAACUGAUCAUUGGUUAAGUAUGGCUAUAAAAGCAACAGAGAAAAUAAAUAAUCGUGAAGACAGUGUUAAUAUAUUGGUAACAACAACACAAUUUAUACCAUCAUUAGCAAAAAUUUUACUUUAUGGAUAUGGUAAUUCAUUUCAAAUUGAAAAUAUUUAUUCUGCUACAAAAGUUGGUAAAGAGAAUUGUUUCGAACGAAUCGCAUCAAGAUUUGGAAGAAAAUGCACUUAUGUAGUUAUUGGAGAUGGUAAGGAGGAAGAAGACGCCGCAAAACAGUUCAAUUGGCCAUUUUGGAGAAUAAAUGCUCAUUCAGAUUUGAAUGCUUUAAAUCAUGCUUUGGAUUUAGGAUAUUUAUAAUUUACUAAUCUUAUAUGAAAUGAUUCAUUUUUUUGACUUAUUCUCUUGCAUUAUUAUUAGUAGUAUAGUUCUUAUAAUAUAAAUUAAAACAACUUACGCUUUUAUUUUAGAAAAAGAAAGGUACCUAUCUUGAAUAAAUUACCAUGUAAAUAAUUCAUCUUAGAUAUACAACAUUACUUGAUUCAUUUAUCAAUGUUUGUAUUGUAAUACAUAUUAAAUCUAUAAAUUAACACAUUAUUCA